AUGAUAGUCCGGUUAGGACUCAUUGUUGCUGCUUCAUUAGCAGCUUUUACAGUUAAGCAGCUCAACGUUGGAAACUCUAAAUCAGAUCAUGGUCAAGAAAGGUCUAAAGAGCAUCAACAUGAAGACACCGAAAAAGAGCAGGUCACUAGUAUUACAGAUGAUUCUCUUCAUCAAAGGAAUGAUAGUGAGGAGGAAGAGGAGAAAGAGGAGGUAAAGUUAAUUAGCAGCAUAAUAAAUAGAGCUAAUGAUUUCGAAGAUGAUAUUCUACCAGAAUUUGAAGACCUUUUGUCCGGAGAGAUUGAGUUAUCAUUUCCCACUGAUGAUAAUAAGGAUGAGAAAGAAAGAGUUUAUGAAAUUGAGAUGGCAUACAAUGACAGCGAGUUAGAACGAUUGCGGCAGCUAGUGAAGGAAUUGGAGGAAAGAGAAGUGAAACUUGAAGGAGAAUUGCUCGAGUACUAUGGCUUGAAGGAGCAGGAAUCAGACAUUGUAGAGUUACAAAGGCAGCUGAAAAUUAAGACGGUGGAAAUAGACAUGCUUAAUAUUACGAUUAACUCGUUGCAGGCCGAGAGGAAGAAGCUUCAAGAAGAACUCACAAAUGGAGCUUCAGCAAAGAGAGAUCUCGAGUUGGCUAGAAACAAGAUAAAGGAGCUACAAAGGCAAAUGCAGCUUGAGGCUAACCAAACAAAAGCCCAACUUUUGUUGCUUAAACAACAAGUUUCUGGUCUACAGGUGAAAGAAGAAGUGGGUGCCAGAAAUGAUGCUGAGAUUGAAAAGAAAUUGAAAGCUGUGAAUGACUUAGAGGUUAAUGUUGUGGAGCUUAAGAGGAAAAAUAAAGAACUUCAAUACGAGAAGCGGGAGCUAACUGUUAAACUCAAUGCCGCUGAAUCUAGAGUUGCAGAGCUCUCCAACAUGACAGAGAGUGAAAUGGUUGCAAAGGUCAAAGAGGAGGUCAGUAACCUGAGACACACAAAUGAAGACCUGUCAAAGCAAGUGGAAGGACUUCAAAUGAAUAGGUUUAGUGAAGUUGAAGAGCUCGUAUACCUUCGUUGGGUCAAUGCAUGUUUGAGGUAUGAACUAAAGAAUCAGCAGGCACCCUCGGGAAAACUAUCGGCGCGCGACCUCAGCAAGAACCUUAGCCCAAAAUCACAAGCGAGGGCAAAGCAGCUGAUGUUAGAAUACGCUGGAUCGGAACGAGGUCAAGGGGACACAGAUCUCGACAGCAAUUUUUCUCAUCCCUCUUCACCAGGAAGUGAAGAUUUUGACAAUGCUUCUAUUGAUAGCUUUAGUAGCAAAUAUAGUAAUAUUAGCAAGAAACCUAGCAUAAUCCAAAAAUUGAAGAAAUGGGGCAAAGUCAAAGAUGAUUCUAGUGCUCUUUCAUCACCAUCAAGAUCAUUUUCAGGAAGUUCUCCAAAAAGGAUGAGUAUGAGUGUUAAAUCUAGGGGUCCGCUCGAAAGCUUGAUGAUAAGGAAUGUCAGUGAUAGUGUAGCCAUCACCACCUUUGGUCAAGGGGAUUUAGAAUCUUCUUAUUCUCCUGAAACUUCAACUCCUGUUAGUGCUGACCUUAGAAAAAUCCCAUCUACCGACUCGCUAAAUUCUGUUGCUACUUCAUUCCAAUUGAUGUCCAAGUCAUCUGUCGAUGCGUCUGUGGACGAAAAGUACCCUGCAUAUAAAGAUCGCCAUAAAUUGGCCAUGGCUAGAGAGAGUGAUCUAAAAGAAAAGGCGGAGAAAGCAAGAGUGCAGAAGUUUGGUAACCAUUCAAAUUUGAAUAUGACCAAGACUGAAAGAGAGAGGCCUAAUAUAUCUUUGCCACCUAAACUUUCUCAAAUAAAGGAGAAGCCAAUUGUUCCUGAUAGUCCAAAUGACCAAUCUGAGGAUGGAAAGAAUGUUGAAAACCAAAACAUUAGCAAGAUGAAGCUUGCCGACAUUGAGAAAAGGCCUACUCGGGUGCCUAGGCCACCUCCUACACCAUCAGGUGGUGGUUCUGUUGGCACAAAUUCAAAUCCUGCAAGUGGAAUACCAUCUGCUCCAUCCAUUCCUCCUCCCCCUCCUCGCCCACCAGGAGGACCGCCUCCUCCACCUCCUCCACCAAGAGGCCUAUCAAGAGGGGCAAUGGAUGACGACAAAGUUCACCGAGCUCCACAGUUAGUUGAGUUUUAUCAGUCAUUGAUGAAACGGGAGGCAAAGAAGGACACUACUGCAUUACUAGUUUCUUCAACGGGUAAUUCAUCUGAUGCCAGGAGCAACAUGAUUGGGGAAAUUGAGAAUAGAUCAACAUUCCUCUUAGCAGUGAAAGCUGAUGUAGAAACACAAGGUGAUUUUGUCACAUCCUUGGCAACUGAAGUUAGAGCAUCCUCCUUUACAGAUGUCAAUGACCUGGUUGCCUUUGUGAACUGGCUAGAUGAAGAACUUUCCUUCUUGGUUGAUGAACGAGCUGUCCUGAAGCACUUUGAUUGGCCAGAGGGGAAAGCAGAUGCACUAAGGGAAGCAGCUUUUGAAUAUCAAGAUCUUAUGAAAUUGGAGAAGCAAGUCUCUACCUUCAUUGAUGAUCCAAAGCUCUCUUGUGAUGCUGCUCUCAAGAAAAUGUAUUCCUUGCUUGAAAAAGUAGAGCAAAGUGUAUAUGCACUGUUACGAACAAGAGAUAUGGCUAUUUCACGAUACAAGGAAUUCGGAAUCCCAAUAAACUGGCUACAAGAUUCAGGAGUUGUAGGCAAGAUAAAGCUUUCUUCUGUACAACUAGCAAGGAAGUAUAUGAAACGUGUUGCAUCUGAGCUUGAUGCAUUAUCUGGACCUGAGAAGGAACCGGCUAGAGAGUUCUUGAUUCUGCAAGGCGUGCGUUUUGCUUUCCGCGUCCAUCAGUUUGCAGGAGGCUUUGACGCAGAGAGCAUGAAGGCUUUCGAAGACCUAAGGAGCCGCAUCCAAACCCCUCAAGUUGGUGGAGAAGAUAGUAAACCAGAAUCAUAG